AAAAGUUCCUCACCGGAGAAAGCAAAAAUAAAAUAAAAUAAAAUGAAGAAGAGCGACGGCUUCCUAUUCUGAAACAGAAAUGAUUCAUCCAUCAGUGAACUCUCCUCUCAACAUGGAUGAAGAGGAAUCGUUUCUGCUAAAGGAAGAAGAUGAAGAAGUCCUUCCUCAAAUCAAGAAGCUAAAACGAAGUCAAUGGUGGAUCUUUGUCUUUAUCAGCAUCUUCUUCCUCAUCUCUGCUCAAGCCGUAGCUGUUCUUCUCGGUCGGUUUUAUUACGACCAAGGAGGAAACAGUAAAUGGAUCUCCACUCUCGUCCAAACCGUUGGUUUCCCGAUUCUCUAUCUCCCUCUUUGCUUCCUUCCUGCUUCUUCUUCACAAUCUUCUUGUUCCUUCAAGACUCUUGUUUGGAUCUACCUUUCUCUCGGUCUCGCCAUUGGUUUGGACAAUCUUUUAUACUCGUACGGGCUUUUGUUACUGUCCGCUUCAGCUUAUUCGCUUAUUUGCGCCACGCAGUUGGUUUUCAAUGCUGUCUUCUCUUAUUUCAUCAAUUGUGAGAAGAUCACUUUCUGGACUGUUACGUCAGUGUUUCUCCUUACUAUCUCUGCUCUAGUGAUUGCUCUCGACGAUGAUUCAGACAGUCCAUCAGGAGGUUGGAUUUACGUAAUCGGGUGCUUGCUAACGCUUCUCGCUUCUCUCAUCUACUCUCUUCAGCUUUCUCUUAUGCAAUUCUCAUUCGAGAAGCUCAUCAAGAAAGAGUCGUCGUUUGCUAUGGUUCUCGAGAUGCAAAUCUACACGUCUCUGGUGGCCUCUUGUGUUUCGGUUAUGGGGUUGUUCGCGAGUGGGGAAUGGAAGAUGUUGAAGAUGGAGAUGGAAGAGUUUCACAAAGGUCAAGUCUCUUAUGUUUUGACUCUUGUCGGGACAGCAGUUUCAUGGCAGUUGGGUUCUGUGGCAGCUGUGGCGCUCAUAUUUCUGGUUUCUUCGUUGUUUUCAAACCUUAUUGGUACGCUUUCUCUCAUCGUUACACCUCUUGCAGCACUUGUGGUGUUCGAAGACAAGUUGACCGUGGCUAAGAUUGUCGCAAUGCUCUUCGCCAUCCCGGGAGUAGCUUUUUAUAUGUAUAAGAAUUAUCUCGAUGGCUUGGAAGUGCAAAGAGCAAGCGAAUCUCAGGUUGAUUGAUUCUACAAAGUGUUCAAUUAGUUAAUUUUGUACACCAAGCUUAUGCUGUACGUAUUGUUACAAUUGUUUAUAAAAGCUUUUAAUGUGUGUGUUUGUAUCUACUAGAGUUCUUAA